AAUACAAAGAUGCUUACGGUAAUGAUUAAAGACUACCUAUCGGUUGCAAGGCUUGCUAGCUCUUUUUAUAUUGUGGAGAAUCAGUCGAGAAGAGRCGAAUUGUGGAAUGAAAAUCUUAUCAAUCAUCAUGAUCAUUAAGCUUGCGCUUGCUUUUUUCUCCGUGUCAGCGGUGGUUUCAUCUCCGCUCAAAGAAGUUGAGGGACACGUUUCGGCUGACACAGCUCGAGAACAAAAGUGUUCGCUACUGAAACUAUCGGCAAAUGGAUGUUAUCGAAGUAGACACAAGACAAGACUUAGAUACUAUACAGACAUGAUGUUCUCUGAUCGAGGUAAAAUUAAAUGGAAAAACUGGAAUCAAUACAUGGCUGACCUGGUUUGUCGAUGCGCCAAGGCUGCUAUUCAUAAAGCUGGGACUGCAUCUUUUGCAGUUGAAUUUUAUGGAGAGUGUUGGGCAAAAGCGAAUAAGAAAUUAGCAAGUACCCCUUUUGAGGAAUCUGAUCAAUGUGUUGGCAAAAACAAUAAGGCAUGUCCCAAUGCCCGUGCUGAAGGGUACUGUGUUGGAAAGGCCAACGCUUUCUAUUUAUAUACCAUAAAUGAUCCUUGUGCUGAAAAACCCUGUCUUAACGGUGGAGCUUGUACURGUAAAUAUGAAGGGACUUUCGAAUGUGAAUGCAAAGAUGGCUAUACUGGACAUCUCUGUGACCAAGAGAUUGAGUCCCAGUGAUGUACGUCAAAGAUCAUCUCACUCGAUGCUAACCAGAUUCAGAAAUAAAAAGCUUUCAAACAUGUAUGUGUUCAUGUUGUGUUUYAAUAUAUUGGCUGGUGAAAGCUACGACUUCUAGAAUCCUUUUAGCGGAUUAUGACA